GCCGCCAGCUUGCAGGCGCCGUCGGGGACCGAAGUGGCGGGACCCCAGCGGAGGUCUGGGGGCGGGGGCUUCGGGCCGCUCCUGCAGUUGCUGAGCAUUGCCAACAGGUUGCACCGUUCCCCGCUGCUGCCGCUGCCGCUACUGCGCGGCCCCUCCGGCGGGGAGCGGCCGGGGGUGGAGUGGGAGCGCGAGUGUGUGCGCGCCGUGGCACCGCCUCCGCCCGCCCCCCGCUCGGUCCCGCUCGCUCACCGCGGUCGGGCGGCCCUUUCGCGUGUCCUCGCUCCCUCCCCUCUUCUCCUCCUCCAUUUUGCGAGCUCUAGUCUGUGGCUGGAGCCCGAGUCACCGCCUGCCCGUCGGGGACGGAUUCUACUAGAUUGAAGGGGACGCCGCAACCCGAGCGGCCGAAACGUAGGGGUGCGGGGAUAGGGGAACGUGCACCCGGGAGGCCAGACCUGCGAAGUCGAGAGAGGAGCAGGGGGCUGCCUUGUCAGCCGGGAAAUGGGAGACUUUCUUAAAUAGCUCCCCCCAUGGAGAAGGGGGCGGCUGUUUACUUCCUUUUUUUAGAAAAAAAUAUUUCCCUCCUCCUCCACCUCCUCCUGCUUUCACACGCUAAGUUGUUUAUCUCAGCUGCGGUAGGAGCUGCGGACGCUGGCGGGUAAAGCGGCGCCCGCCAGAGCUGAUAUUCCCUGAUGGACUCCAAAGAAACCUUACAAUCCCCCAGUAAAGAAGAAAUCUCCAGCAGUGUGCUUGGUCAGGAAAGGAGAAAUGUGAUGGACCUCUAUAAAACCCUAAGGGGAGGAGCUACUGUGAAGGUUUCUGCAUCUUCACCCUCACUGGCUGCUGCUUCUCAGUCAGACUCCAAGCAGCCAAGACAUUUGGUGGAUUUUCCAAAAGGCUCAGUAAGCAAUGCACAGCAACCCGAUCUGUCCAAAGCAGUUUCACUCUCAAUGGGAUUGUACAUGGGAGAGACAGAAACAAAAGUGAUGGGAAAUGACCUGGGAUUCCCACAGCAGGGCCAAAUCAGCCUUUCCUCUGGGGAAACAGACUUGCGGCUUCUGGAAGAAAGCAUUGCAAACCUCAGUAAGUCGACCAGUGUUCCAGAGAACCCCAAGAGUUCAGCAUCUGCCGCUGUUUCUGCUGUCCCUACAGGGGAGUUUCCAAAAAUUCACUCUGAUGUGUCUUCAGAACAACAGAAUUUGAAGAGCCAGACUGGCACCAAGGGUGGCAACGUGAAGUUGUAUACCGCAGACCAAAGCACCUUUGACAUUUUGCAGGAUUUGGAGUUUUCUUCUGGGUCCCCAGGUAAAGAGACAAAUGAAAGUCCUUGGAGAGCAGACCUCUUGAUAGAUGAAAACUGUUUGCUUUCUCCUUUGGUAGCAGAGGAUGAUCCAUUCCUUUUGGAAGGAAACCUGGCUGAGGACUGCAAGCCUCUCAUUUUACCGGAGACUAAACCUGAAAUUAAGGAUAAUGGAGAUCAGAUUUUAUCAAGCCCCAGCAGUGUGCCACUGCCCCAAGUGAAAACAGAAAAAGAAGAUUUCAUUGAACUCUGCACACCUGGGGUAAUUAAGCAGGAGAAACUGGGCCCAGUUUACUGUCAGGCAACCUUUCCUGGAGCAAAUGUAAUUGGUAAUAAAAUGUCUGCCAUUUCUGUUCAUGGUGUGAGUACCUCUGGGGGACAGAUAUACCACUAUGACAUGAAUACAUCAUCCCUUUCUCAGCAACAGGAUCAGAAGCCUAUUUUUAAUGUCAUUCCACCAAUUCCUGUUAGUUCAGAAAAAUGGAAUAGGUGCCAAGGAUCUGGAGAUGACAAUUUGACUUCCUUGGGAACUUUAAACUUCCCUGGCCGAUCGGUUUUUUCUAACGGCUAUUCAAGCCCUGGAAUGAGACCAGAUGUAAGCUCUCCUCCAUCCAGCUCCUCAACAGCAACAGGACCACCUCCCAAACUCUGCCUUGUGUGCUCUGAUGAAGCUUCGGGAUGUCAUUAUGGGGUCCUGACUUGUGGAAGCUGUAAAGUUUUCUUCAAAAGAGCAGUGGAAGGUAGACAGCACAAUUAUCUUUGUGCUGGAAGAAAUGAUUGUAUAAUUGAUAAAAUUCGAAGGAAAAACUGCCCAGCAUGCCGCUAUCGAAAAUGUCUUCAGGCUGGAAUGAACCUGGAAGCUCGAAAAACAAAGAAAAAAAUAAAAGGAAUUCAGCAGGCCACUACAGGAGUCUCACAAGAAACUUCUGAAAAUUCUGUUAACAAAACGAUAGUUCCUGCAACAUUGCCACAACUCACCCCUACCCUGGUAUCACUGUUGGAGGUCAUUGAACCUGAAGUGUUAUAUUCAGGAUAUGAUAGCUCUGUUCCAGAUUCAACCUGGCGGAUCAUGACCACACUCAACAUGUUAGGUGGGCGGCAAGUGAUUGCAGCAGUGAAAUGGGCAAAAGCUAUACCAGGAUUCAGGAACUUACACCUGGAUGACCAAAUGACCCUACUGCAAUACUCAUGGAUGUUUCUCAUGGCAUUUGCCUUGGGGUGGAGAUCAUACAGACAAUCAAGUGGAAACUUGCUGUGUUUUGCUCCUGAUCUGGUUAUUAAUGAGCAGAGAAUGACUCUACCCUGCAUGUAUGACCAAUGUAAGCAUAUGCUGUUUGUUUCCUCUGAGUUAAAGAGGCUUCAGGUAUCUUAUGAAGAGUAUCUCUGUAUGAAAACCUUACUGCUUCUCUCUUCAGUUCCUAAGGAAGGCUUAAAGAGCCAAGAGCUGUUUGAUGAAAUUAGAAUGACCUACAUCAAAGAGCUAGGAAAAGCCAUUGUCAAGAGGGAAGGAAACUCCAGUCAGAACUGGCAACGGUUUUAUCAGCUGACAAAAUUUUUGGACUCCAUGCAUGAAGUGGUUGAAAAGCUCCUUCACUAUUGCUUCCAAACAUUUUUGGAUAAAUCCAUGAGUGUUGAAUUCCCGGAGAUGUUAGCUGAAAUCAUCACCAAUCAGAUACCAAAAUAUUCAAACGGAAAUAUCAAAAAACUUCUGUUUCAUCAAAAAUGACUGCCUUAAUAAGAAAGAUUGCCUUAAAGAAAGUUGAAUUUAUAGCUUUUAUUGUACAAACUAUCAAUCUGUCCUGUAGUAGUUCUUUUGUUUUCUUUUUUCUUUCCUGUUGUCUGUGUUUUGUUUUUGUUUUGUUUUAAAUACGCACUACAUGUGGUUUACAGAGGGCCAAGACUUGGCAACAGAAGAAGUUGAGUCAUCACUUUUUAGUGACGGAAAGAGUAAAAAGUGAAAUUCAUUAGGUGAUGUAUCCUGAAACUUAGAAACAAUAAUGUGGGAGUAAUCUCUACUGUCAGAGAAGGAUAGCACCUAAACCACCAGUGCCCGAAGUCUGUGUGACAAACUUUCUGCUCAUACCUUUCACAGUUGGCUGGAUAAAAUUUUCUAGACUUUUUGUUGGUGUAUUUUCUCCUGUAUAGUUAGGAUAGCAUUCUUUUUGAUUUAUGCAUGGAAACCUGAAAACGUUUACAACUGUGUAUCAGAAAAGGGAAGUUGUGCCUUUUAUAGCUUACUGUCUGGUUUUAACAAUUUCCUUUAUAUUCAGUGAACUAUGCUUGCUCAUUUUUUCUUACAUAAUUUUUGUAUUCAGUUUGCCUGUUGUACAGCUGUUUAAGAUGGACAGCUAGUUCAUAGCUUUCCUAGGUAAACUCUAAACAUUAAUUCUGUGUGAAAAUGGGUUGGUGCUUCUAACCUGAUGGCACCUAGCUAUCAGAAGACCACAAAAAUUGACUCAGAUCUCCAGUAUUCUUGUCAAAAAAAAGCUCGUAUUUUGUAUAUAUCUGCUUCUGUGGAGAAGUAUAUAGGUUGUGCAAAUUAACAGUUAACUGGUAUAGAGCACCUGGUCCAGUGACCUGCUUGGUAUACAGUGGAUAAUGGUUACAAAGACUAGUUAAAAACAAAAACAAAACAAACAAACAAAAAACUACUAGAGGCCCUGUUUGUACCUAAUGCCCUUUCUCUGAAAUGGCUAGAUGGUUAAGAAAGUCAGUAAAUUAAUUAUCAGGACCUUUUGUAGUGGUUUGUAUAAGUUCUUAAAAGUUAUGAGUCCAGAUAACCAGCCGUAAAACACUGAGGGAUUUUUAAUCAGACACAGUAAUUCCUCUCACUAACCUUUAUCCAACAAAAAUAAAUUUCUAAUAUGGCAAAAGUGGCUACAUACCCAUUUUCACAUUCCCAUUGGUCACCAAUUGGUUUAUCUUUCCUGGUGGUACCGGAAAGCUCAGCUACUGAUUUUUGUGAUUUAGAACUGUAUGUCAGACUUCCAUGUUUGUAAAACUUCAUAUCCCUACAUGUGCCAUAGAGUUUCACCUCCUCACUAUUGAGAAUUAUCAUUUUAAACAGAUUAGAAGCUGUAGUAGCCCUUUCUGUGUGCACCUUACCAACUUCCUUUAAACUCAAAACCUAACAUAUUUACUAAGCCACAAGAAAUGUGAUUUCUAUUCAAGGUGGCCAAAUUAUUUGUGUAAUAGGAAACUGAAAAUCUAAUAUUAAACAUAUGAAACUUCUAAUAUAUUUUUAUAUUUAGUUAUAGCUUUAGAUAUAUAUCAUAUUGGUAUUCACUAAUCUGGGAAGGGAAGGGCUACUGCAGCUUUACAUGCAAUUUAUUAAAAUGAUUGUAAAAUAGAUUGUAUAGUGUAAAAUAAGAAUGAUUUUUAGAGAGAUUGUUUAUCACGCGACAUGUUAUAUAUUUUUUGUAGGGGUCAAAGAAAUGUUGAUGGAUAACCUAUAUGAUUUAUAGUGUGUGCAAGCAUUCAUUCAGGCAGCAAUGGUCUCAGAAACCAAACAGGUUUGCUUUUGGGGAAAAGGGAGAUGGAGACUGGGCCCGUGUGUAGUGAAGGCUGCUGAGGCUCCAUCUCAAGUUAGACCACAGAGGAAGUAAUCCUCUGCCUCCCAUUCUGACCACCCUCCUCAUUCCAACAGUGAGUCUGCCAGUGCAGGUUUAGUUUACUAAGUCUCCCCUUGCGCUGAAGUAUGUAAACGGGGCAGAAAGGUGGCACUUCCAUACUUAGAGGCACCAUCUUUUGGCAGGGCUGCUUUCACAUACAGCCUUUCCAACAGUUCAGGAAAACCAGUGGCUUGAAAAGUUUGGCAAUAAUACGCAUAGAGGUACCAGCAAUAUGUAAAUAGUGCAGAAUCUCAUAGGUUGCCAAUAAUACACUAAUUCCUUUCUAUCCUACAAGAAUUCAUUUCCAAAUAAAACGAGAACAUGGUUAUGUUUCCUUUGACUGCUUUUUGAAUGUUGUUAUUUUCAGUAUUUUGGAGAAGUUAUUUAAUAAUAAAAGAAAUGUAAUCAUUUGCUUUUUGAAUGCUCUCUAAAAGGGAAUGUUCCUUUUGUAAUGGUUUAAAUUGAUCUCAAAGUAUUUUAAGAUGGUCUGUAACCCAGCUGGAUGUGAAAAUUUACGGUGCCUAAGUAAUAUCACCUGAAAUUAUCAUCAAUGACAGUGUUAAGUCCCAAAAUGAGCUUCUGUAAAGUAAACUGUUAAUUUUUAGAAUGUAUAUGGUUAAAACCAGAAAGCACAUCACACAUUAAUCUUAUUUUAGUCCCAACAACCUCAGCUCUCAAAAAAAAAAAAAAAGUUCAGUGAAAAAGAUUUAUGUACUACUUCUUUGUUGUCAACAAUCAACUGACAUUCAUAAAUCGACUAUAGGAGGAUAUUCAUUACAUGGAAGAAGAGGCUGUGCCCUUUCAGAAUGUGUGGGAAAAAAAGAUAUAUAUCUUUAUUAUGUUUGAGUAUAAUUAUGGAUUUAAGUGAAAAAAGAAGAUACGGGUGCUAUUUGAAAGCAGCUUCACUUUCUGUGCAUGUGGUAUCGUGCUAUAUCAAAUCAUUAAAGUUUGUAGUAACUUCAUUGAGAGUUGGUGACAAGCCUAUGUGACUCACACAACAGAUCCUGCAAAGUAUUUUUAAACCAAUGCUGGAAAAAAGUGACCCUUUCAGUGGUUAGGCCUUACUGUGGGAUACUAUAUGAGCAGAAUUGAGGAACUAAGGACAUAAUGCUUUUUGAGUAUAUAUCUAAUUGUCUAAAAUGAUAGGAGGAAAACCUAGAAGAGCACCCCAGCACCUGCCUUCUGGGGAAAAAGCAAAUAACUUGGUGACCCAAAAAGGUAAACCAACAUGAUUAAUGUCUACGGAGACUUGGUAAUGAGCAUGUGAAGAGCUUUGGGCAUGCAUAUUAAGGGAAGCCAGCCUCAAGUCAAAAUAUUGCGGUGUAGGGUGGGAUGAGCAAUUCUAAUUUUACUUAUUAUACAACCUAUAAUCAUUAAAUUAUAUUAUUUAAGUUCCCUUUAAAUUCCCUAAAACACCAUCACUUUGGAAUGAACAUUAUUAUACAUCGAUGUAUUGAAAUGCAAGAACCAGUAGAACCUCAGUGAGAUUUCAGUCUUGGUUGGUCACCCAAAUAACUAGCUCUAGAUGAAUGUGUUUUUUAUGUGCCUGGUUUCAGAGUUGGAAGGAGAAACAGAAGUGUACGGAGGACACUUUAAGACAUUUUAGAUGGAAGUUUCAUCAUUUUCCAGACUAUUACUAGUCAGCCUGGUCCACCAAGCAUUCAUGACCAGGUUUUCAGAAAAGGAUUAGUUUCUCUCUAGAAAUUGCCUGAAAGAAGGAUUUAUUUUCUGAUGAAAGGCUAUAUGAAAAUACCCUCCUCAAAUAAUGUGCUUAACUCUACAUAUAGAUUCAAGUUUGUCAAUAUUCUAUUUUGUAUAUUAAACAAAUGCUAUAUAAUGGGGACAAAUCUAUAUUAUACUGUGUAUGGCAUUAUUAAGAAGCUUUUUCAUUAUUUUUUAUCACAGUAAUUUUAAAAUGUGUAAAAAUUAAAACCGGUGACUCCUGUUUAAAGAUAAAAGUUGUAGUUUUUUAUUCAUGCUGAAUAAUAAUCUGUAGUACAAAAAAAAAAAUGUCUUUUUACCUACGCAGUGAAAUGUCAGAUUGUAAAAUUUUGUGUGGAAAUGUUUAACUUUUAUUUUUCAUUUAAAUUUGCUGUUCUGGUAUUACAAAACCACACAUUUGUACUGAAUUGGCAGUAAAUGUUAGCUAGCCAUUUAUAGCAAUGCCAAAUAUGGAGAAACAUCAUAAUAAAAAAAAUCUGCUUUUUCA